GAAUCUACCUUUGCUUUUGUGAUUCCGAUGUGUAUGAAAUCAUAUAGCUAAAAUGAAUAAUUUCCCUUUUUGAUUUGUCAUGCCGUCGUAAGCUAUUUGUCAACAGGCACAAUACGCGUCAUUUCUUUCCCUCUUUUACAUUGCUGUGUUUAGUCAUGCUGGUAGAUGAUGAAACACGUCAAGAUAUUCUGGGUUACUUUCCAGAUGUGCUGACUACAGAAAUUGACUACGCAUUGGCCAGAAAAGUAAAAUGUGUGAUGGAACCAUUCAGACAGCCAGGCACAUUAGCCAACAAUAAACGAUGGCAAAUAGAGUUCAAGGUACUCAAACGCCUAGACGAAAUAAAGCAUCAUACAGCAACUCAGCCUUGUUUGCCCCGUGUAUGCUUAGAAGCUUACUUUGAUAACAAGGAUUCUUUUGAAUUAAAAGACUGGACCUGGAAAGAAAAAUCAACAUUCCUCCCUAUGAUUGAGACAGUACCUUGGUCUAUUCACCCUAAGCCUAUAUCGCAUAAGAAGAUUCAAUUGACGCAUGAAAAGAAAGCAAGGCUGGAGGCAUUGAUCAGACUAGACAAGACAGUAAAGACAAAGAAACCACCAUACGAUCCUGAAAUGUAUGGGGAUUUACUGGUCAAAAGCACACAUCCUAGUCCAUUUAUACCACAGCAUAAUUUAGACCAAUUCAAGGCCCUUCAAUGGUCUUUAAGACAAAGUGAUCAAAGACAUGCAAGGCAAUGCGAAUUAGAAUGGGCAAGAUUCAAGUUUUAAUCUAUUUUAAGAUUGGAUAAUAAAACAGCAACACUCUUGGCAUUCAUGCAGUGUU